UUAUUUGAAAGAUUCACCUUAAAAACAAAUCCAAUAUGUUGGACAUGAAAACAAUAUGUUGUUGUUGGCCUCAGCCCAAAAAAAAACGCUGUGUGGGAAAGUGGCAUAAACUUGACUCGUGAAAAGACGUGUUGUACUUUAGAAGGGAACGGACAGAAAUUGAACGUUAAUCAUCUCUGUUGACAUAUACAGUUUCUUAAUGUAACAUUUCUUGUUAUAGCACUGUUAAAUAAUCGCGAACUCGUUUCCCUUAGUGUAGUUAAAAGAUGUCUACCCCUGCUAGAAGGCGACUUAUGCGGGAUUUUAAGCGACUCCAGGAGGAUCCCCCAGCAGGUGUUAGUGGUGCUCCAUCUGAGAACAACAUUAUGGUCUGGAAUGCAGUAAUAUUUGGCCCAGAGGGGACACCUUUUGAGGAUGGUACGUUCAAGCUUACAGUUGAGUUCACAGAGGAAUAUCCAAACAAGCCCCCAACUGUGCGGUUUGUCUCAAAGAUGUUUCAUCCAAAUGUAUAUGCUGAUGGCAGUAUCUGCCUAGAUAUUCUCCAGAAUCGGUGGAGUCCAACUUAUGACGUGUCUUCCAUUUUGACAUCAAUCCAGUCCCUUCUAGAUGAACCAAAUCCCAACAGCCCAGCAAACAGCCAGGCAGCACAACUGUAUCAAGAAAAUAAACGAGAAUAUGAAAAGCGGGUGUCUGCGAUUGUAGAGCAGAGCUGGCGGGACAGUUGACCACUUUCAAAAACAUUUUCAAACCGAAAUGUUCUCUGUUGUUUGGCUCUGUUGGAGGGUAGUUUUUCCAAAUCAUCAUUUUUAAGUUUUUAUGCACUUUACUCAUGUAAGAUUGUGAUUUUUGUUUUAUUAUCUACUACAUUUUGGACUGGAGUGCAUUUCAAAUCUCAUUAAGAUUAGUGAUCUAAAAAGAGGCAAAUACCCCGGAGCAGUCCUUUUUUUUUGUUGCAAAAUAUGACUCAUUAAGGCACACUAAUCUGGAUAAGACUCGUAGAUAUAAGUCAUAGUUUGGUGAAAAUGUAUUCAGUACAACAUUAUUUUUUCUCUCAUAAGCAAGCAAAAGUCAACAUUGCUGUAGUUUCAGUUUUGGGGUUUAAAUCAUUCACAUUGGUUUAGUCGUGACUCUUUUGUUUUACUCGUACAAGGGGAGCUGGCAUGCCACAUAAGUGGUAAGCAGAUGGCACACACUGAUAAUUUGUGUAUGUUGGUAGACAUAGAUGGGGUUCUAUGUAUAUUGAAAAAGAUGGCAAAACUCAUUCAUUUAUAAAAACAUAUUUACUAGUCAGAAAACUGAGAUUUGCUGGAUCUACUCAAAAUAUCCAAUCCUACUGAGAUACAAGUAACUGCAGUUAAUUAACAUGCAUCCUUUCAUAGCUUGCAUCACAGAGUCUAAGCAAAUGUCUUCAGGUCUUUUUAAAAACCUUAUCUUUGCAAAUGUAUGCUCUGUUACAUGCAUGAAUGCUUGAGUGUGUCCUUGCAUUUAAUCUCUUGUACAUACAAAACAUCUGAAUUUUGUGUCAGAUUUUGCACUGGAUGGCAAUCUCAUUUUCCAGCACUUGUAAAUACUUAAAUAAAAGUUGAAACCAA